AGGAUAAAAAGAAAAAUAAGUUAGCCUGUCUAGUGAUAAUUAUGCAGGCAAUGAAGUAAUUGUUCUUGAUAUUUUGAUGAACCCAUUCUGUGGAUUUCGCAACAGGAUUCCAUGUAGGCAUGUUUUAAAAAUGGUAUUUUUAAAAAUCUAUAGGCUCUUUUCCUUCUAAAGAUGAUCUUGAUCUUGACUGAGGACAGCAAAUGUGGUGAAAGACUCAGAGGAAAAACUUAGAGAUAAAACCCCUGCUCUCCAAGUCCUCCCAACGGGGAUCAGACUCAGAUCUUACAACUCAGAGACCUUAGAUCAGUUCAGCUAGGCUCCCCACAUGCCUCUGCCUGACGGUGGGUUCAUUCCUCAGGACACUGCCGAGCAAUUACUGUGUUACAGGUUCUGUUUUAGGUGCUGGGGCCAUAAUCCCGAGGAAGCAAUCACAAGGGAGACAGUUGAUUUACUCAUUGUCCCCUUUCCCCUGGAGGUGAUGGAAAGAUCUCCCUGCAAAUCACUCUUACUGAGCAGAAGUCGCUGGGCAAAUAUAGAGCCAGAACAAAGUGACUUACAAAUUCCAAGGAUAUUUCUUCCAAGACUGGAAGGUUUGACAUUGCCCUCUUUCAUACUAGGGUUCUUCUAUCUGAAGUCGAAUGACUAAUCAUAAUUAACUAAUAAAUAAUUGAGCAAUAGUUAACUAAUGAUAAUCUCUUAACUUAGGCACCUUACUCUCAAUUCCCACCCCCCCCCCACCCCGCAAUCCAAUUUUUACACUGAGAGCUACAAGGAGAACUUGGGUCAGAGCCACCGCGUGUGGUCGGGCAGGGCCCUCACUGUGCAUGGGCUCCAGGAGGAAGGGGUGUGGGUAUCCAGACUCCAGCCUCACUCUGCUCAUCAAACUGUGCGGCCACAGCCUGCCCAAGGAAGGGGUGCCUUGACUGUGUAAAGCAGCCACAUGGAUGACUGCGAGUGAAUGUUUAAGCUGCUGGACACUGUUCCAAAUGUUUUAUGUGUAGUCACCUAGACUGACUAACUUCCCUCUGCAGUUUUAUGACGUGGUGAUGAUUAUUUUUAUCCCCAACAUUCAGAUCGGUCGCUGAGGCACAUAGGACUAGCAGGUCGGAGAGGCCAGUAUUCAAAGACCAGUGGUCUCACUGCAGGGCCUACAGCAUUCACAGCUCCUUCCUCUUCUCCCUCAAGCAGCUUCUUUGGCUUCACGUCCUCUCCCUGUUUCUGUCUCUCCUUUAUCGCUAGCUCUCAAUCCCUCUUUUCUUUUCCAGUGAUCCCUUAAACUCCCAUCUGCUUAUAUUUGUCUUUAGAAGCAACAGAGAGACGAGAUCCAGAGUACUGGCCUGCCGUGAGAGCCUCAGCUUCCCCGUCUGUGAAGUGGGAACGACAGUCCUCUUCUUCAUUGAUUGAGAGUGUCCUAAAAUGCCAGGUGCUGUGCCAGCGGCAUCACAUGAAUUAGCUCAUGUGUUCCCCCACAAUAAUCCUGGGACCAACAUUCUGUUUUUAUCCCCCUAUUACAGCUGAGGAUGGGCCCAGAGGUAUAGGCAAUUGGGCCAGAGUCACGCGACGGACACAACAGUAGCUUCUUCCCAGGUUCAGAUUCUGUACCCAGAGAGCUCCAUGAACUUGUAUUAGGGGCACCAUGUGUGACUCAGCCCUCCCCCAAAAGAAGGAGGACAAAAUGACCAAGUUCCAGGAGGCCGUGACCUUCAAGGAUGUGGCUGUGGUCUUCACGGAGGAGGAGCUAGGGCUGCUGGACCCAUCCCAGAGGAAGCUGUACCAAGACGUGAUGGUGGAAAACUUCCGGAACCUGGUCUCAGUGGGGCAUCAGUCCUUCACUGCAGAUGUAAUCCCCCAGUUAGAGAGAAGAGGAAAGCUUUGGGUGGUAAGGACAGCACCCCAGAGCCAAAGCUCCUCAGGAGACAAGACUCUAAAUAACAUGGAGAUUAUUCAAGAAGUUGGAUUAAAGUACCUUCCACAUGAAGAGUUUUUCUGCUCACAGAUCUGGCAACAGAUUACCAAGGAUUUAACUAGAUGUCAAGAUUCCAUAGUAAAUAUUCAAGGAGCUGGCUCUCAGUUGGACCAACAAGCUGAUACACUCUGUCAAUCUGAGGAAUUUGGUAAAGCCUGUAAUCAGAAUUCACAUCUUAAGGUUCACCACAGUGUCCACACUGGAGAAAGACCUUACAGAGGCGUGGAAUGUGAGAAAGGUUUUAUUGAGGACUCUUGUCUUCAAAUUAGCAAGAUGGCCCAUGCAGGAGAGAAGCUCUAUAAAUGUGAAAAAUGUGAAAAUGCCUUCCGUCGGUUUUCAAGUCUUCAAGCCCAUCAGAGAGUCCACAGUAGAGAGAAAUUGUACAAGUAUGAUAUGUCAUGUAAGAGUUUUAGUCAGAAGUUAUGUCUUCAUCAUCAUCACCGAGUUCCUACAGGAGAAAAUCCACACAGAUUUGAGGAGUGUGGGAGAAAUGUUGGAAAAAGCUCACAUUGUCAAACUUCUCUGAUAACCCACACAUUAGAAAAACCCUAUAAAUGUGAAGAGUGUGGGGUGGGCUUCAGUCAAAGCUCAUAUCUUCAAGUCCAUCAGAGAGUUCACAUGGGAAAGAAACCUUACAAAUGUGAAGAGUGUGGGAAGGGCUUCAGUUGGCGUUCACGACUACAGGCUCAUCAGCGAAUCCACACUGGUGAGAAGCCAUACAAAUGCGAUGCAUGUGGCAAGGGCUUUAGUUAUAGCUCACACCUUAACAUUCAUUGUAGAAUCCAUACAGGAGAGAAACCCUAUAAAUGUGAGGAGUGUGGGAAAGGCUUCAGCGUGGGUUCACACCUUCAAGCCCAUCAGAUAAGCCACACUGGAGAGAAACCAUACAAGUGUGAGGAGUGUGGGAAGGGCUUCUGUCGGGCCUCAAAUCUUCUGGACCAUCAGAGGGGCCAUACUGGGGAGAAACCCUACCAGUGUGAUGCAUGUGGGAAAGGCUUCAGUCGUAGCUCAGAUUUUAACAUUCAUUUUAGAGUCCAUACAGGAGAGAAACCCUAUAAAUGUGAGGAGUGUGGGAAGGGCUUCAGUCAGGCUUCAAAUCUUCUGGCCCAUCAAAGAGGCCACACUGGAGAAAAACCGUACAAAUGUGGUACCUGUGGGAAGGGCUUCAGUCGCAGUUCAGAUCUGAAUGUUCAUUGUAGAAUCCACACAGGAGAGAAACCAUAUAAAUGUGAAAAAUGUGGGAAGGCCUUCAGUCAGUUCUCAAGUCUUCAGGUGCAUCAAAGAGUCCACACGGGAGAGAAACCAUAUCAGUGUGCAGAGUGUGGGAAGGGCUUUAGUGUGGGUUCACAGCUUCAGGCCCAUCAGAGGUGCCACACUGGAGAGAAACCAUACCAAUGUGAGGAAUGUGGGAAGGGCUUCUGUCGGGCCUCAAAUUUUCUGGCUCAUCGUGGAGUCCACACUGGAGAGAAACCAUACCGAUGUGAUGUGUGUGGUAAGCGCUUCAGACAGAGAUCAUACCUUCGAGCCCACCAGAGGGUCCAUACGGGAGAGAAACCAUAUAAAUGUGAGGAAUGUGGUAAGGUCUUCAGUUGGAGCUCAUACCUCCAAGCCCAUCAGAGAGUUCACACUGGAGAAAAACCAUAUAAAUGUGAGGAGUGUGGGAAGGGCUUCAGUUGGAGCUCAAGUCUUAUAAUUCAUCAGCGCAUCCAUGCUGAUGAUGAGGGUGACUUUCCUUUAUCAGAGAACUCAUACAGGAAAGAAGCUUGAUAACUUACAUGUUUUAAUACCUCAAGAUGGGUGCUGAAAGAGUCCAAUUACCAGACCUGUUAUAGAAGACAAAACAUUUGUGAAAGAGCCAGUCUUCAGGCAGAGCCCAGCAUGUCACAGUGAUUGGGUGACCAUGCAGCAGAAAAGCCUCGUGAGAGUGGAGAUAACACUUCAUGCAGAAACUUGACAUUUAGUGAGUAUUACACAGAAGAGAGGCUUAGGAAGGAUGAGUCUGAUUCAGAGUUAACCAACAGUACUAAGAGGGAAAAAUCAGAAACCUAUUCCCCUAGAAUGUGUGGAAAGGGUAGUGACUUGGUUGACUGCCAAAUGUACUCAGCCUUUUUUUCAGUGCCUAACACGUAAGUGUUCAUUAAUUGUUAGGUGAGUAAAAGAGAGGACAGCCAUAUUUGACAUUUCUAUUCAGUUCACCUCCAGAUAGUUCUAUAAAACUGUACUUAGGAAAGGAAUUCUGCAAGGCUUGGAGGACAUUUAAAUUAUUAAAGACAUGGGAGCAGUUUUCCAACCUUUGGGUCCUGUGAACUGGUGUUUAUCACAACAAAGGUUGUAACACAUUUGGAGGGUCCAGAAAUCCAUUCAGGGUGUUGUGACCAGCACUUCUGUAUGCUAGCAAUUGAAGUGUGGUUUGCAUGCAGUACGUACAUAAAUCUCAAGUUUACAGAUUCAUGACUUUUGACAAAGGUGUACACUUGUGUAACCACCAAGACCAAUAUGUACAAUAUUUCUAUUAGACCAGAAUAUUUCCUUGUACAUAUUUCCAGGCAAUCUGAUCUCCAGUGGCAACAACUGUUACGAUUUCUAUCUCAUAGAUUAGUUAGGUCUGUUAUUGAGCUUCAUGUGAGUUCAAUAUGUACUGUUUUGGAUUCCUUAUGUACCCUUUUGUGUCUAGAUUCUGGAUUCUUUUGAUCAAAUAUAUGAUCAUCAGUAGAUUCAGAGAAAGCAUUUGACAAAAAUAUCUUUUCAUGGUGAAAAGUCCUCAGUGAGAUAAAAGUCAUCUAUGAAAAUCUUACAAGCUAACAUUCCAUAAAAUAGAAUCUGUGAUGUAUCAUUUCAUGUUUUGGCAAAAGCUUAUUGUCAUAUUUUUUUACCACCACAAUGAAGAAAGUCCUUUGUAUUCUUGUAGUCAAUUCCUCUUUCCAUUGCACCCCAAACAUCCUGUAACCACUAGCCUGUUCUCUGUCUGUAUAGUUUCCCUUUUCUAGAAUGUCAUAUAAAUGGAGUCAUACUCUAUGUAACCAUUGAGUCUGGUUUCUUUCACUUAACAAUGCUUCUGUGUUUCAUCAGUCUUGAUGUACGUUAUCAGUAGUCAUUCCUUUAAUGGCUGAGUGGUAUUCUAUUAUAUGGGUGUACCAUAUUU